CAAUCCUCAUCUCCCCUCCCUCCUCCGGCCGCGGGACUUUUCCGGAAAGUUUUUUAUUUUCCGCCGAGGCUCUGUAAGAAGCGCCUCACUCUCCAGCUGCAAAACUUUUCACCUCGUUCUCCCUUCCUUCCCCACCCUCUGCUUUCUCCUCUCCCUUUCGCCUGCUCUUCCUCUCUGCAGUGCUCUACUCUCCCUUGUGUCCGCUCUCCCUUGGCUCCCCUCGCUCCUGAUCUCCCUCCUCUAGACACACCUCCACCCCUGGUGCAGUUUUCCGAUGAGCGCCCCUCCAGUCAUCCGGCCGCCCAGCCCUUUGCUGCCGGUGGCAGCGGCAGCAGCGGCGGCGGCGUCUGCAGUGGUCCAGGGGUCAGUCCCGGUACCGACCCCGGCUCUGGCUCCGGUUCUGGCUUCAGCCGGGGGCAUCUCCUUUCAUCUCCAGAUCGGGCUGAGCCGGGAACCGGUGCUGCUGCUGCAGGACUCUUCGGGGGACUACAGCUUGGCUCACGUCCGGGAGAUGGCUUGCUCCAUAGUCGACCAGAAG